AUGGACUCACCUCACGAGGAUGACCAUCAGGCCAAGGCCAUGAACGACUACUUGGAGCAGCUCCCGGCCCAGCAUUUGGAGCCGCUGUGGUCCCAGAUGAACGUUAUGGUGCCUCCUACGCCUCAACCAGUAGCGCGGCCUCACAUCUGGAAGUACGCCGACAACCUCCCUCUCCUGCACAAAGCCGCCGAGAUGGUCGGUGAGAAGCAGGCGGAGAGGAGAGUCCUUAUGCUUGUCAACCCCACAAUGCAAUCUCCCUACACCACAGACACUAUCUAUGGCGGUCUUCAAAUCGUUAACCCCGGAGAGACGGCGCCUGCUCACCGACACAUUGCUUUCGCUCUCAGAUUCAUCAUUGAUGGCGAGGGAUUCACAGCUGUCGAAGGCAAGAAGAUGCCGUUGAAGAGAGGCGACGUCGUCGUGACGCCUGUUUGGCACUGGCAUGACCACGGUAACGAGAGCGAUGCCCCGGUCAUCUGGCUCGACGCUCUCAACCUUCCCCUCUUCAGAUUCACCCCCGUUCACUUUGCGGAACAAUACCACGAGAGCAGAUACCCCAGCGUAUUGACGGAGGAUUGCGAAUGGAGGCAUCCUUGGGACAAGGUCGAGGCAGAGCUCAAGGCCCAAGAAGGCCCUCACGCCAUUUUCCACUACACGAGUAACGGCAAACCCUUAUCGCCGAUUCUCGGUGCUCAGGCUGAGCGGAUCGACGGUCAUCACACGACUAAGGAAGCUCGUGAGCAAGCCUCGUUCAUGUAUCACUGCUACGAGGGCCAAGGCCAGACCAUCGUGGAGCCUCCCUCAGGCCCGCGUGUUAUCUUCAAAUGGUCGGCGAGGGACACUUUCGCUGUUCCUGCUUGGUCCAAGAUUCAACACAUCAAUGACCUGUCAACGCCAGCAUACCUUGUCGCUGUGAGUGACAGGCCGUUGUUGAGCAGUAUUGGCCUGAUCAAGCCCGAAUCUUAA